GCUGUGAAGUCAGAGUGGACAACCAGCCUCCCCUGAAGCUAAAGGGUCCCCCGGAGAGGAUGAAGUUCUCUGUGGCUGCCCUCUUUCUCCUCAUCCUCAUCACCACUCCGGCUUUGUACGGCCAGUCAAAAAUUCCUGAGUCGGUGAACCAUUCUCCCACCUGCUGCCUGAAGUAUCAUGAGAAAGUAUUGCCAAAGAAAUUGGUGGUGGGAUACAGGAAGGCCCUCAACUGUUACCUGCCAGCAAUCAUUUUUGUCACCAAAAAGAAUCGAGAGGUCUGCGCCAACCCCAACAACAAAUGGGUCCAAGAGUACAUCAAGGAUCCCAAUCUACCUUUGCUGCCUCCCAGGAACUUGGCCCAGGUUAAAAGUAUUAGAACAUAGGAAGGCCGACCCCAGCUCGAAGCUCUGAAGCCUCGGUGGGAGUCCAGGUUCCGGAAAGAAAAAUGCAACCCUGUGAAAAUGCAGGUGGCCAUGUGGUCUGGAUGACAGUGGUAUUGAGAGAAGCUGGCCCCUGGUGCAAAAAGUAAUUAAAAGUAUUUCAAACACUUUCUCAAUCUCCAGAGGAAAUGCCAAAGUUAAGGGAGGUGGGGAUAAAUACAUUCUCAAUACACAGAAAUAUGUAUUUCACAUCUUUCUCUUGGCUCUGCCUUUGGGGCCUCCCCUCCCACCUGCACACCAGCCAUCCUAAAUAAUUAUGGCCGGCUUCCGACCUGCCACAUCUCUGGCCCCUUACUCAUGAAAUGCCUGAUAGAACUCCUGACUUUUCCUGUCCAUCCUUAUCCCUUUACUAGAUUUCUUUUUCUUCUU